AAACAGAUCAAAUUAAGAUAAAAAUUUGUAUUACUAAUUCCUUAAAUAGAUAUUGAAGAUUUACAUAAAAUAAUUUAUUUGAAUAACAAGAUAAUAAUGCUAAUUACAAAAGGAUUUUCAAAAAUAAAUUUAUUUAUUUUAAAGAGAUAAAUAUUGCAAAUUGCUUUUAUUUUCACUUACUUUUUUAAUAAGACAUUAGCUUAAAGUAUUGAAUAUAUUUAUAAUCCUUUACCAAUAGCUUCUGUAGAUGUAUCAAAAUAUGGAAGAGAGUUAAUUUCAAUUUAAUUUGUCCAAUAAAGACCCGAAUUAGCUUUUUUAAGCUUUGAGAGUGAAGGAAUAUACGUAAUAGAUUUUUAAAAUAAUAACCAGCUAUUAGUUUCCAAAUAAUUGAAUAUUACACAAGUUUAACUUGUUGAUUUUAACAUAUUUGCAUUAACAUAGGAUUUAGGAAUUAUUUUGAUGUACUAUAAUCAAACAACAUAUGAAAUUAUAGUGAAAGGAACUUUUAAUCCAACUUAAUACAUUAUAAAUACAUUCUUUAUAACAGGAGAUUCGAAUUAUAUUAUUUUAGGAGUGAAUUGUUAUGUAAAAGUUAUGAAAAUUAUAGAAUCAGCUUUAAAUCAGAAUAUUGUUAGUAAUACUAAUUUUUUACAAGAAAAAAGUACUUCUGGUUUGUAGUGCCUCAGCAACUCUAAUCAUAUUUUUGCAAAUAAUGCAGCAAUUAUUUUAAGUUCAAUAAGAGAUGGAGUACAUUUGUUCUAUUUUAAGAAUAUUGAAAGUCCUACUUAUGUUAAAAGUUUAGUUAAGAUAUGCUAGGAUGUUUAAUAAACUUACCUUAUGUAAAAUUUGCCAAUCCUCUUUACACUUUCUAAAUAUUAUGAAGUAGUUUUAAUUGAUCUUGGAAUUAAAUUUAAGAAUUAAGAUCCAAGUUUUUCAGGUGUUGAUGAAGCAAACCUUGAUUAUUUUUCUAUAGAAUAAAUGGGAGGAAGUAAAACAUACAAUUAUAUGCUUAUAGAUGAUGAAGAGGAGUAUAUGUAUUUAGGAAUUAGGACUAAUGGAAUUGUUGUUUACGAUCUUAGAUAUCUAUAAGAUCCUCAAGUAUCAGUACCGAUUGUAGUUUAGGAAUUAAAAUCUCUUGGACUUGCAAAUUGGAUAUCAUUUGCACCUCAUCUAUUGCCUAUAAGAUAAAAAUAUGAUUAUCUCUUUAUCUCUGAUGGUUCUAGCUUUAAAAUCUUUCAAAAAGUACCAGUUAAUUUAAAUUCAAACAUAAUAAAUCUCUACAACUCAGAUAAUUGUAUUUUUUCUGGGUACACAUCAGAUUAAUGGCCUUGGUCAGUGGUGACUUAUUCAGAUAGUAACUAGUAUUUUGCAAUAUCUUCGGGAUAUGCAGGUAUGUACACGUUUUAUAUUGAUUAGUAUGGUUAGUUGUAUAAUGUUCAAGAAGCAAUCAAAAGAUAUGAUGAAUCUCAUGAUGGAAUACUCUACUUGAAAAACAGAAAAGUAAUAGUUUUAGGUUAGUCAGGGCAGGGAAUGGCUUUUUAUAAUGCUACUAAUCCUGAAAAAUUAACUUAUAUAAACGAAUUUAAGUUAAUAGAUAAAUAAAACGAUUGUGAUGAUAUUACAACUGAUAAAUAAGAGAGAUAUUUAGCUUGUGCAAAUGGAUUCUAAGGUAUUUAUAUUUUACAGGUAGAAGAUUUUAUGAAGCCUAUUUUAUGGGCAGAAGGUGAUAUGAUUCUCAAAAAAAAUGGUGUUGAAAGUGUAAUUGUUGAUGAUUAACUUAAAUUUGGGUUUUAUGCAGUAAGAGAAGAAGGAGUAGGAGCUUUUUAAAUAAUUAAAAAUAACGGAGUAAAUACCAUAACACAAACUAAAUAUUUUGCAACUCUAGGAGCAGAAUAUUUGAGAUUCCAUAUCGAUUCUGACCAGAAAUUGGUAUUAGUUGCAGAUGGUUAUUAGGGAUUAACGAUAAUUGACUGCAAGGAUUAUCUUAACCCCCAAAUUAUAAAAUAAAUUCCUGUCCAAGGCUGGGCUGUAAAAUUUACUUAGUUGUAAGCAAACCCAUCAACAGUUAUAGUUACUUAAAUGGAGAAAGGCUAAAUAUCUGUAAUAGAUAUUUCUACAAUUUCAGAAGCAACAAAAAUAAGUGCUUUACAAUUUGGUAGUGAGAGUGCAUUUGGAAUAGCUUCUCAUCCGUCGAAUAAGUAUAUUAUUUUUACUCUUUCUUAAGGAAUGAGGAUAUGCAAUACAGUUAAUACGAUACGAAUUCACACUCAAAUCAAUCGUUAAAGUUAAUUUACCUCCCAGUAUUACCCUCCAAUACCAUUAAAAUCUCUUUCUUCCUCUGAAAAGCUCUAUAUAGGUGAAAAUGUGUAAUUAAUAACUAUCCCUUAUUACAUAUAAAGAAUUGUCAAGCUAAGUUAGAUUUAUUACUACCAUAAUUAUUAGCUCGAAUAACUCCCUUCUUGGAUAAAAUUUAUAUAAUACUAAUCCACAAUAAGCAUAGUUCCGAAUUUGGAUGCUCUCAAUAAUAAUUAAGGAUUUAAUAUUUUAUUGAUUUAUGUUCUUAUUCCUAUUUAUCCUACAGAUUUUAUGAUGAGAACCUAAGAUAAUCCACCUAAUGUCAUAGUUAAUUAAGAGUAAUCUCAAAGAAUAUUCAACAAAUUAAUUUAGAUAGGAUUGCUCUCUGAAGAUGGAUACGUUUCAGAUUUUUUUUAGUCUUAAAUGAAACUAGAUGUAGAUUGGUAUAAAGAUGACACAGAGAGACAAUUAUAUAAGGAUUUAAACGAUUAAAUUUUGAGUCAAAUAAAAAGGAUAUUUACUAGAGCUUAAUUUAAAUACCCAAUAUAAUUUUUAGUAAAUGGGUCUUUGAAAUUUAAUUACAGUAAAGAAGAUAACUCAUAUCCUUUAAUUUAAUCUUUUUCAUCAAUAAUUACAAUCUCAAUGAACAUUUUAAAAGAAAAAGUUUAGUUUGUAAAGUAAAAAUUUGAUGGUUUAAUAUUUUCUUACUCUUCUAACCAAUAAAUUUUCUAAAUUUAAGGAGAUAUUUAGUAAUUAAAUACCUAUUUAAAUACUAAGAUUAUCAUUUAUGAUCCAUAAUAAGAACAUUCAAGUAGUUUAAUAGGUAUAAACAUUUAGGUUAAUAUAACUGAUAAUAUUAAUAACCCUUUGACUUCUCAAGAAGAUAUCUCUGUUUAUAAUUUUAUAAAGAAAAAAAAGCAAAUUGUUUUGUUACAAAAUUUUUAAUCUUAAUAUGAAAAUCAAUACCCCGAUGGGUUGACAGCAUAAGAAAGCUUUACUAUAAUAAUUGAUAAGUAAUAAAUUUAAGUUGAAUAGGACUUAGUUGCAAAUAUUUAGGUGAGCAUAUAAUCUGGAGAUAAAUGGAUCGAUAUAAAUAUUGCAGGUGAAUGGAUAUCAUUUGAUGAUUUUCAAAUAAAAGGAAAUCCUCCUUUAGAUUCAUUUAAUAAUAAAUUUGACUUACAAAUAAUUGUCUCUGAUGGGUAUUCAGAAACUUCAUAGUUUUUAGAAAUAAAAGUAGCAAAAUUUCCUAUUAAGCAAAUAAUGAUAAUUGUUGCAAUACUAGUAUCUGUAUUGAUAUUAUUCUUUGUUUUAUUCAUAUUCAGAAGAAAUAUUCACUUCAUAGUAUUUUAAAAAUAUCACAGUCAUCAAUAAGAAAUACUUUACAGUGGGGAAAUCUAUCAAAAAAAAAUAGUUUUUGCUCCUAAUGUCUAUGAAUAAACCUUAAAGAUAUUUAAUUUAGUUUACAAAUCUUUUAAUUAUUAAGAAUAAGACAUAGGAGAAGAUUCAAAAUAAAAGAAAAUUCAAGCAUUCAUUUCUAAUUACAGAAGCGUUAAUUCAACAAACAAUUAUGAUGAGUUCUUUAAAGAUGCAUUUUAAAUUUACUAGAAUAAUAUUAAAUAAUUUACUUCUCUACCUGAAAAUGAAUUUAAAUAUAAUGACACUAGAAUAAAAAUAGCUCUCAAGUCAUACUUAGCUAAAUUUAUAUUAAACAACAAUGCAUAAAUGCUCAAAAUCUAUAAAAGAUUAAAAAAAUACACUCAAAGUUAAUAGGAUGGAUACUGCUUUGAUUGGUACAAGAGCUAUGUAGAGGAAAUUUAGAACUUAAAUUUGACUCCAAAGAACUAAUCAAUAAAUACCUCAUCAAAUCAGCCCAACUCAUUAAAUGAAAGCGAAAACAAGCUAGUGUUUGGAUCACUAGAAAUCAAAACAUUUGAAUUAUAAAAUGCUCUUGAACAAAUUUUAGAUUCUAAUGAUGUGAAUUUAGAAUAUGAUUUUUAUAUUCUAACAGAAGCAAUUAAAGCAGAUUAUUAUGGGUUCGAUUAUUAAACAAAGCCUAGAAUAUGGAGAAGUAGCAUUGGUGAAGUGAUUCAUUCAUAAAUUAACAAUAUUAAUCCGCUAUCAGUUUAUAGAAAAAUUGAGUUAGAAGGAGAUAAAAAUUCAUUACUCAACAAAUUAAGAUAAAUAUUUUGGACUAACUACAAGUGGAUUGGAAGCUAUAAGAAGCAUUUACCGGAUUGGCUAGGAUAUGAAAUGUUUGAUAAUUUGAUGAUCCUUUCUGGAAUUCCUAAAAAGUAACACCAGGGAGAGUACAAAGUUUUAAUAUACAACUCAGAUGGUUAUGUUUCCUAGUCUGUAGACUUCAUGAUAAAGCAAAAGUCUAAAAGAUAAAAUUUAGAUAAAAGUCUUUAUCAAGAUUCUCCUAGUUUAAAUAAAAAGAGAACUCUUGACUAAAAUUAGAUUAAUUUAGGAAAUAAUUUGAAUUCUAGUCUUUAAUUUAAUCUAAACUAGAAUAAUUUUAUGAGCGAAAAAUUUAAUUAUGGUUCUCCUUUACAUUUAGUCAAUAAGAGAAUAAGCUAAUACCAAAAACAAAACUCUAAAGGAGCUUUUACCAAAUUUAAUACUGAUGAGAAUAUAAAUUAAUUUAAAAUAAAAUCUAAUGGAAUUCCAGAUCUAAAUUCAAAUAAUAUUUUUGGAAGUGUAGAAAUCUAAGAACAAAGAUAAAUGACAGAGUAUUAAAAGGAGUAUGAAUCAGUUAAUUCCUUAAACACAAAUCAAUUUAUUGAAAAUUAACGAUAAGUCUAUGUACCUUAAUCAAGCUAGCUAAAAAUACCAAAUCAGUAGAUUUUAAUUCCUUAUUUGUUAAGUCCACCAAUAAGCCAAGCAAAUAGAGAAAACCUUAGCAUUUUUCACUCUCAAAAUAAUUUAAGAAAAUAAUCAAAUCAAGAAUACCAGAAUUGAUGUUAACUUAAAUUGCAAGCAUAUUAUUCAUUCAGCUACGAAAAUAUAUAUUCUUUAGUUAAUCAUACAAAAAUAAUUUAAAUUUUGUUAUAAGUUUUAACUUAAUUAUAUUGUAAAUAUUUUUUUUAGUAUCAUCUUUUUUUACAACAAACAUACCAUCAUCAAAAAGUAAAACUA